UCUAGUUGUUAUGUUGACAUUCAUCCUAACAUGUGAUCCUAACCUUAUUUUCAUUUUUGAAAAUGAUUAAUGUUUUCUUUAUUCUGUUGUGUGUCAUUAUAACAAUUCUGUUUGGCAAACUCAUCAAUGUGGAUGUGCCAAAAACCCCGAACAUUUUGGCCCAAACUGCCGAAGUUAUUGAAAGGGGCAACUUUUCGUAUUUCUAUGUCUACAGUGGAAGGCCCAUCGUUCUCAAUCUCACAUCAAUACUGGGCGACGCCGAUUUGUACAUCUCAGAAACAGUGAAAGCGCCCACUUAUGAUCCUGAGACUUACAGUUUGCAUUCGGCCACUUGUGGGGAUGACGUCGUCGAAGUUCCAGAAAGCUUCGAGUUCCCAUUGGCGGUGGGAGUCUAUGGCUACGCAGAGACAUCAGUUUUCCUGUUGCAAGUGCAGGAAAAUCCCUCUUUCCCAUACGCCCAUAAGCGGUGGGUUGUAAUCAAGAAAGAGCUGCUGGAUGUAAAGGAGCCGGCGAGUGAAGAAGUUGGAAACAGCGAUUCUGCUGAAGCUGCGUUCAAGCACCGCGUGAAGAAGAAAAGAAGCAAACGAAGUUCAAGCAUGUCGAGCAUUUACUCGGUUUUGGAAGUUUUGCAGUUGAUUUUUCUGUGAGUCGUUUUCAAUUUUUCAAAAAACUUUCAGUGAAAUGUCUAGUUUUAGAAAAUAAAUCUUCGUUAAUUUUUUA